AUGUCUUCCUCGGUCGCCCCCCACUACCAUUGGUAUCUUUGGACUGCUCUUGCUUCCAUUAUUUACGGCUCGGUUUCAAUUUGGGCUUUACACUUCUUGGCAAUGCUCGCUCAGUCUGUUGAGCCCCCGGGUGCCAUGCUUCUACACCCGACGUUAACAAUUCUAAGCGCAUCGGUUGCCACAAUUUUCACCUUCAUUGCAUUGGCCACCACGGACCGUCCAGGAUUGCUGUCUGGAUACAUGUCUGCCUUUCUCCGUCGUACUGGCCUUCGCUGGCCCAAGAUGUUUACUACGUCACGAAGCUCGGGAUCUGCUGCAAAACAUAAAUCCACAAAGCCAAUCGGACUGGGUGUAAGUAUCAACCACGAUAGCGAUCGUUCAUCAUCUGAAGAGCCCUUGCUCUCACUCGAACUUGGCCCGCUUAGUCCCGCGCAACCCAACCUGUCGGCAAAUCACCCACAUCCCUACAAUUCUCACGGCAUCCCCCACACCCCCAGCUCCCCAAAUUCCGAACAGUCGAGUAAGAAGAUUGGCCUGCUUGCUGCUGUGUGGUCAGGCUUACGUUUUCCCACACUCGUUCGAGCUACUGUCUGGGCCACUGCCAUUGCACUGAUGCACUAUCUUGGAAUCAAAGCCAUCGACAUACCCAAUGGCCGGAUCAUCCUCUCGCCGAUCCACAUAGCUUUUUCGGCCGCUCUGGGCUUAGUGGGUAGCACCCUUGGCUGCAUAGUCAUGGACUUGGAACUCGACCUCAGUGGACAACUCUUCUGUGCCACCUUGCUCAGCCUGAGUGUUUUUGCUUUCCACUACUCCGGGAUCUUCGGCAUGCAAAUCAUCUCCUCGUCACAAGCUCUCUACGAGCAGCGCCACAGGGCGGGCGUCCAGCCCAUGGAUAUCGCGAUCAUCAUCAGUGUUCUGGCUGUCGCUACGUGCCUAGUGUCCAUCGGUCUGCUGGUGUAUACGGCCUCUUUAUCGCGAAACAGAAUGUCUGAACUCGUGAAUACCAAGCGUCAAUUGGGCCAACUGAGCAUUGAAAACGAGACCGUCGCCCGCUUAGCUGAGCUCAAACAGAACUUCAUAUCUGUCGCUUCCCACGAGCUAAGAACGCCUCUCUUCUCCGUGACUGGGUAUGCCGAACUGUUGGCGCGUACGGACUUGAACAAGGAACAGGCAAGUCAUUUUUCGAGUCCCACUUCCCUCAAAUGGUAUCUGUCGAACAUGCAGCAAGCCUGCUCGAACAUGCAGUUGAUCAUUGCGAAUGUCUUGGACUUCUCGAAACUGGAAAGGAACAACGACGAAUCAUGCGCCAAGCCGGUCCGAGUUAACAUACGUUCGAUGCUCGAAGGCAUAGCCCAAAUGACCGAAGACAGGAGCGACCUGGCUGGCAAGAAGCGCGCAGUGGACUUGAUUGUCAAUAUUGCUGACGACGUCCCUGAGACCGCUAUGCUCGACGAGACGUUCUUCAUGCGGAUCUGUAUGAACCUUUUGAGCAACGCCCUCAAGUUUACCGAACGCGGCUUGAUCAUGAUCGAUGUCGAGACCAAUGACGAUGAUAUGUUGACGCUCAGGGUCAAAGAUACUGGAAUCGGUGUCCCCCCCAACUUCAUGAGUUCAUUGUUCGAGCCCUAUCGACAAGCGGACAGCAGUACAACGCGACCCCACCAAGGUACUGGCUUGGGCUUGAGCAUUUGCAAACAACUUGUUGAACGGCUAAGUGGGACUAUUGAAGUUGAUUCCGAAGUUGGAAAGGGCACUACAUUCACUGUACGGCUACCUCUUACGGGCACCACGGCUUCUCCGUAUACCGAUCAAGUCCAACGGCACACGAUAUGCCUAGCAUACAACGAGAAAGUCACCGAAGACCGACUCAGUGAAGCUCUUCGCAAGGCAGGUCAUCGCACAGUUGGGAUUCACAGUGAGCUUGAGGUUGCCGAAAGCUGGUUUAGCCGUGGGGAAAUCGACUUGGUUUUAACGGACGCAAAGAGUUUACAAUCGUCAGAACUCCUGCAAUCUUUUGUUGAUCGCCGCCAAUUUUCAAUGAGUGAUAUUCCGGUAGCAUCGCCGGAAGACUCCCACCAAGAUCGUCGUUGGCCAACAUUUGUCCUGACAUCUUCGACUGACUUGGGAGAGAAGUUCACCCAGCAUUGUCUUCUGAAUGCCCCCAACGUGAUCAGGAUUCGACGGCAAGGCAUCAUCCCUCAUCUGAUCUUCAACCUGCUACUGGACACUGAGAAAUAUGCUCACGAGAUCGAUCUGAACGUGGUCCAAGAGCAAAGGUCACCGGCAAGAAGGGAAAAGGAUCGCGAUGAUUCUUAUCGGACAAUGAACUCUGACUCGAUCUCCUCGAUCAGUUCGUCCGUCUUUGAAUUUGAACUCCCGCCCAGCCAACUCACCGAAUCCCCUGCCAGCAGCCCAUCCGGCUCGCACGCCGACCAAUUUGAGCCCAUCCCGAUAUCACGCCCAUCCGAGCUUGAAGGCAAUGAAUCUCGGCCCCUCUGUGCGAAAGAUCCAGAGACGAAGAAAGAUGGUCCUCGCAAGAUCUUGUUGGUCGACGACAACCCGAUCAACGUCCAGUUGGGUGCACGUCUCCUCGGCCUGCUCGGAUACCAAGUCGAUUCUGCCGCUAAUGGAUACGAGGCCGUCACAAAAGCCUGCGGAUCAGCGUAUGAUCUGAUAUUGAUGGAUUGUCAAAUGCCUGAGUUGGAUGGGUUGUCGGCAACCCGGAAGAUUCGAGAAUACGAGGCUCAUUUCCGGGGAAAGCGCAGCCGGCCGGUUCCAAUCAUUGCUCUCACUGCCAACGUGAGCGAGUCUGAUCAGGCAGACUGUAGACUGAGUGGAAUGGAUGGCUUCUUGCCUAAACCAUUACAGAUCAAUGUUUUGAAAUCUACUCUGCACACCUUCCUCGGAUGA